UUUUUACAUGAACAGUGUCACGGAUUGUUACGUAGGGCCUGUGAUAUUCAUGCGCUGCAAUUUUGUAGUAUUUAGGCAUCAUGACUAAGUAGUAUUAUUUACUGCCUUUACCAGACUUGUUUUUCCCGCUAUUUCACUAUCAUCGCGCCAUAUUUAACGAAGAAAUGCGCGCAAAUUUGUUUAGUAUCCUUACCUAUCCACCAUGGGAGUCGCGUCUGAUGGCUUCGGGGGCAGCUGGCGCGCGAAGAUCGACGCCUGCCGCGAGUCCAGGAAGCUGGUGCUGAUCAUCGUGGCCAUAGCUCUACUCCUUGACAACAUGCUCCUCACCACUGUCGUACCAAUCAUACCGGAGUUCCUCUACGAUAUAAGACAUCCCGAUGCGCCUCUUUCUCUCUCCUUGGACGAGAUAACCACGACUCCGCCGCCACCCACGCCGUACUGCCCAUGUCUGCAAGUCAACACAACGCUGUCCGUCGAAAAUGUAACCCAAGUGAACAUCACAGCUGAGAAGGAGUACCGUCACAAAGAGCUGAUAGAAGAGACGGUGGCUGUCGGCGUCAUGUUUGCCAGCAAGGCCAUAGUGCAGCUGCUGGCGAACCCAUUCGUAGGACCGCUCACUCACAAAAUCGGAUACAGUGUCCCAAUGUUUUCUGGAUUUAUCCUGAUGUUUCUCUCCACUCUAAUUUUCGCCUUCGGACGAUCCUACAGCGUGUUGUUCGUCGCCCGGGCGCUGCAAGGCAUUGGUUCUUCUUGUUCUUCAGUAUCCGGUAUGGGAAUGCUCGCUGAACGAUACCCGGAUGACAAGGAACGCGGUAACGCUAUGGGCAUAGCGUUGGGAGGCCUCGCUCUGGGCGUUCUCAUAGGACCUCCAUUUGGCGGGCUCAUGUACGAGUUUGUUGGGAAGACAGCACCAUUCCUCAUGCUGUCCGCACUUGCUUUAGGAGAUGGAUUGCUGCAGCUCAUGAUCCUGCAACCUGGCGUGGUACGUCAAGAGUCAGAGCCACCGUCGCUCCGCCAACUCGUCACUGAUCCGUACAUCAUCGUUGCAGCUGGCGCGAUCACAUUUGCAAACGUGGGUAUAGCCAUGUUGGAGCCGAGUCUACCUAUAUGGAUGGCGGACACGAUGGAGGCACGAAGAUGGCAGCAAGGUGUAGCAUUCUUGCCUGCUAGCAUCUGCUAUCUCAUUGGCACGAACCUGUUCGGACCUCUCGGACACAAGAUGGGUCGGUGGCUGGCAGCCUGCUCGGGCCUGGUCAUCAUUGGCCUAUGCCUCAUAUUGAUUCCUAUGGCCCGCAAGUUGGAGCACCUGAUCAUUCCUAACGCCGGACUGGGUUUCGCCAUCGGCAUGGUGGACUCCUCGAUGAUGCCAGAGCUAGGCUUCCUCGUCGAUAUAAGACAUGCCGCGGUCUACGGUUCUGUCUAUGCUAUUGGAGAUACAGCGUUCUGUCUUGGAUAUGCUGUCGGUCCUGCGUUUUCUGGUACCCUGGUAAACAGUAUCGGCUUCGAGUGGAUGCUGGUCAUCAUCGCGAUCCUGAACUUCGCGUAUGCUCCCCUGCUGCUGCUGCUCAGGUCUCCACCGGCAAGAGAUGAGAAACAGAGUCUAAUCAUCAGCGAUAAAUCAUCAGUCCGCUACGUGAGCUACCAGAACGAGGAAGAAGAAUAA